GGAAGAGGAGGAGGAAGGACGGAGGCAGCGGUCAGGGACAUUACUGCGAACCAGGGAAGAACAGGCACGUUGCUCCUCGUCUGCUGCUGCUGCGGCGGGUGGUUUCAUGUUGAAGAGGAGGAAAACGGCCAUCCUUUCUCACCCCAAAGCGGAUUUCAGUGACUCUGUGGAGCAGGAUGUGUACUCCGUGCUGCGUCUCGCAGCUGGCCUGUUGCUGCGGCUCAGCGGCCUGCUCCUGCUGCUGUAACUGCUGUCCGAAGAUCAAGCAGUCCACUGGAACCAGAAUUAUGUACGCCUUGUACUUCCUGCUGGUCACCGUCAUCUGUGGCAUCAUGAUGUCCCCAACUGUGGAGCAGAUAAUGAAAGACAACAUCCCUUUCUACAACGAAUUGUGUGAGAAGAUGAAUGCAGGGGAGAACUGCAAGACUCUGGUGGGAUACUCUGCUGUCUACAAGAUGUGCUUUGGAAUGGCCUGCUUCUUCCUCUUCUUCUGCAUCUUCACGCUUCGGAUAAACAGCAGCACAGGCUGCAGAGCGGCCAUUCACAACGGCUUCUGGCUGCUGAAGUUUUUCCUGCUGGCUGGUUGUUGCACUGGAGCUUUCUUCAUUCCCCAGCAGGAAACCUUUCUGGAAGUGUGGCGCUACAUUGGAGCUGCAGGUGGAGCCUUCUUCCUGCUGAUCCAGCUCAUGCUGCUGGUGGAGUUUGCUCACAGAUGGAACACAAACUGGAGUUCAGGUGUGGAGUAUAACCGUCUGUGGUACGCGGCGCUGGCGUUGGUGACCCUGAUUCUGUUCAGCAUCGCAGUGGGAGCGGUGGUCUUCAUGGGCGUGUACUACACACAUCCUGAGGCCUGCUUUCUGAACAAGAUCUUUCUGGGCAUCAAUGGCAGCCUCUGCUUGAUUGUGUCCCUGCUCGCCAUCUCCCCCUACAUACAGAAAUUGCAACCCAGAUCAGGGCUUCUGCAGCCCGGCGUCAUCAGCGUGUACGUCAUGUACCUCACCUUCUCUGCUUUCUCCAGCAAACCAAAAGAAGUGAUUGAAGUCGAUGGCGUGAACAAAACUGUCUGCGUAUUUCCCUUCAACUCCGGGUCAGAAAGCGACAAGCAGAUCGUCACCUUUUUGGGAGCGGUGAUCCUGUUUGCCUGCAUCAUUUACUCCUGUUUAACAUCGACCACUAAGCGCAGCUCUGCAGCUCUCCGGGUCUAUAGGAACAGUGAGCCAGAAACUGAGAGAGCUCGCUGCUGCUUCUGCUUCGGAGAUGACACAGAGGAUUAUGAAGAGGAGAAGACCACCUCAGGUCAGAGCGUGGUGUACGACGAGCAAGAUAGAACCAUCUACUGCUAUUCUUUCUUCCAUUUUGUCUUCUUCCUGGGCUCUCUUUACGUCAUGAUGUCUAUCACCAACUGGUUUCAUUAUGAUGACCAUAAGAUUGAGAAGCUGCUGGACGGCAGCUGGUCGGUGUUCUGGCUCAAGGUGGUGUCCUGCUGGGUCUGCCUCUUCAUCUACAUGAUGACGCUCCUCGCUCCCAUGAUGUGUCCGAAGCGCUUCGAGGCUUAGGUCACCUUCUUCUCUCAGCCUGAGCUUCUCUGAUGGAUGAGGCUAAGGGACCACCGCAAACCCCCCGCCUGCCCUUAAAACACAGCCCUACGUUACCCCCAACAUUCAAAGUGGAGGAUUAUCUGUCGCCUUUUUGUUUUAUAUGUUACAGUCUUUGUUUUACAAUCUUAAGCUGGAUUAUACAACGAUGGUCAUUUUUUAACUCUUUUAAUACCACUGACUGUCUUUGUAUUUCCAACAGGUCUGGAGUUACAAAAAUAAUACCUGGAGUUGAGUUACAUUGAAAACCAUUGAGCCUUUGUAGAUUCUCUGAAGUGGACUUUUGUUGUAUUAUUAGAGUUUGUUUUUAUUUUAUUGUUUUCCUUUUAUAAUCUCAGCCAGAUGCUUCAGUUCUGUGAAAUCAAACCAUCAAGAAGUUGUAGCAAAGGUUUAUAUGUUGUGGGAUACAUUUAGUUGGAGAGAUGUUACAGAAGACGUAUUUAUUUAAUCCCGAAUUGAAAGGAGAUCUAUGGUGUGAAUUGAGCAGGUUUGGCCUCUUAACAAUGUUUAAAAUCUCAUUCCUCAGGCUUAUGUUUAAGCUCUAUGUGUUGUGAUUUGUUAUAUAUUGUGUUUUGUAGUUUUUCUAUGCAAUAGAACAAGUUGUUGAUAUUAGACACCCACCGUUGUGAAGUUUCCACUUAGAUCACAAGGGUAAAGUUUUACUAUCGCCAGUGCUCCCUUUGAGCCGAAACCUUUCUUAGAGAAAAUCCAUCUCACCUGUGUGUUUCCAGUCAUUGUCAUGCAUGGCAGGAGGUUUUAUAUCUGUAAAGUGCCACCUCUCUGGAAGAGCUCCACUGAAUCAACAAUGCAUUUGCCAAAGGUAGCCAGCAGUACUGCUCACAUUGUUUGGUCUGUUGCAGAAAAAGAUACAACUCUGAACAUUAUGUAUUUGCUGACUCAUGUAAUCACAGUUAAACGUUUUAAGCUUCAUCAUCAUGAUGUCUAUGAAAACGCCGGCACAGCUGAUGUCAAAAGUGAUUUAUUCAACACUGGAUGUUGAAUUUAGCCGAGUUAAAUUGUAUUAUAGAAAAAAAAUGACAUCACACUGCAAAGCUGUUUGCUUGUGCUGAACAGUUCCUUCAAACAUUUCUUUGUCUGAUCUCUCUCUUAACAUGUUUCAAAGAAGGAGACAGAAUUAUACAUAGCAACAGAGCUGACAUUUUAUUUUGAACGUAUGCUUCAUUGUAAACUCUUCUGAUAUUCAUUUGUUUCUGCAUUUCAGUGAUUAAUGUGAAUGUAGAAAUUUAAUGGUGCUUUCAAACAGGGAAAAAAACCAAUAAAGUAAGACAUUGAAAACCACUGUAAACGAAGGUUUCUGACUGACAGUAAUUUGACCAAAAUGUUUGAAAUGCAAAGUUGUAGAUGACAUGACGCUCGCGUUAUUUCAAUAAAACAUGCAUAACAUGCCA